AUGCCGCACCAGCUCGAAGCGAGUGAAAAAACUUGCGACGACAAUGAGGUGCCGAAAUAUCAAAACAAUUAUCGGACGGAGCCACAGAAUCCGUUCAAGACCGAUCUGGUGGACAAGAUCGUGAAAUCGGUGAUGAACAAUCGUUUGGACGAGAUCGCCUACGACGACGCGGAGGCCGUGAAAUUAUGCGGAGACAUCGCCGCGGAAAUACGACGGCGCGUGAAGAAGCUCAACUUCGACAGGCACAGGAUUGUCGUCACGGUCACUCUAAUCGAGAAAACCAGUCAGUCCGUGGAAACCACCCUCGGCUUCCUCUGGGACGGCGACAGAGAUAGAUACUCCGCCUUUACGUUCGAGGGUCGCACUUUUCACGCUCAGUGUAGUGUGUUCGGCGUUUAUUACGAGUGA